UGUCUCUCUCAGUCUCUUCCCUCGUUCUCGCUCGUUUCUAGAGAAACCAAACCCUAGAACGCGCCAAAACGCAGGAGAGGAAGAGCCUGAAACUACUCUCGUUCAUCUCACUUGCUCGCGAUCCGAAUCCCAACUCAGCUUUUAACUAGUAGUCGGGGUGAUUUAAUUUUCUGUUAUGGGAUUUGACUGCUAUUUGAACUUCAGGAAGGUGUUGUUACCGAUGGCGUCAAUGUUUGUGGAAGCAGUGGCACCGACUGCUGAUGAGGUGGGGAACGCCUUUGUUCACCAAUAUUACCUUAUCUUGCCUCAAUCACCUGAGCUUGUCCAUCGAUUUUACCAUGAUAUCAGUAAGCUUGGUCGUCCUGGAGGAGACGGCGUGAUGAGUAUUACAACCACUAUGCAUGCUAUUGAUGAGAAAAUACGCUCCCUCGACUAUAAGGGGAUAAUGGCCAACAUUACAACUGUGGACGCCCAGGAAUCUUACAAUGGGGGAGUCAUUGUCCUCGUGACUGGAUUUUUAACUGGAAAAGACAGCAUAAGGCGGAAAUUUACUCAGAGUUUCUUCUUGGCUCCUCAAGACAAAGGCUACUUUGUCUUGAAUGAUGUGUUCAGAUAUGUUGAUGACGAACAACAGCAGAAGGGAAAUCAAGAAUAUGUUAACGCUGUUGAAGUUCCACUUGCUCCUAGCCAUGAUCCUUCUCCGGUACAGGAAAAUCACAUUUCUGAGCAUACAGCUGGUUCACCAAAGGAAACCAACGACGGGGAAUUGUACAGUCCCUCUGAGAAUGGUGAUGCUACCAUUGAAGAGGAGGCCCCCCUACCCGAGGAGGUUGAUGAAGUUCCUAAUGAUUCACAGGUGGUAAAUGCUGAAUAUAAUCCUGCAAUCGAGGAACUGACGAAGAAAUCUUAUGCUUCAAUUUUGAAGGUAAUGAAGGAAGGUGCUCCAUCUUUGUCCACUUUUACUCCAGCUCCUUCAAGGUCUCUUCUGAAGAGCCAAGAACGACCUAUAAUUUCUCCACCGCCUCCACCCCCAGUGUUGGAGACACCGAUUUUGAGCUCUGACCGUGGGAAUAAUCAAGAAGAUGAGGGUCCCUCUAUCUACAUUAAAGGUUUGCCCUCAAAUGCCACACCCGCUCUACUUGAGAACGAGUUCAAGAAGUUUGGACCUAUCAAGAGUGGUGGUAUCCAAGUUAGAAGUCAAAAGGGCUUUUGUUUCGGCUUUGUGGAAUUUGAAGAUGCAAAUGCUGUUCAAAGUGCAAUAGAGGCAUCACCCAUCUUGAUUGGUGGGCGUCGAGUUGUUGUCGAGGAGAAAAGGUCUAAAGGGGUCAACCGGGGACGAUCAUCAGGUGCUGGAUAUAGGAACGAGGGAGUGAGAGGACGUGGAAACUACAAUGGGAGCAGAGGUUAUGGUCGCAAUGACUCCUUCAAUAAUAGGAAUGAGUUUGGUAACAGGAGUGGAGGUCGGGGAGGAUUCUCAAACCGUGGAGAAAAUGGAUAUCAAAGGACUGAUAGCUUUGGUGGUCGUGGUAACCGAGCUGGUGGGUUGACUCUUAAUGCCGCUGUCAAGAGUUCUUCCCCACAUGUGUCUGCUUCUGCUUGAUGAACCAAUAGGCUUUUGAAGGCAUCGGAGAGUAGUUGAAAGAUAGGCUUUUUUGUAGUGUAGUGAUUUUUCAAAUUGGUUAGAUAGCAUGAAGAGAGAGCACAUUGGGGGAAUGGGGUAAUAACAGAAGUUUUCUUAAGAUUUUUUUUCUCUUGGCUCCUUUUCUGCCUUCAAUUUAUUUUAUGAAUCCGCCUUCAAUUUAUUUUAUGAAUGAAUUUUUGGUACAAUACUCGCUGUUGAUGUUUUAUUGCACAUUGGUGAAUUAAUAUCGAGGCUUUAUAGCGCCAACUUUAUUGAGGGCAA